AGGAGGUCUUGCUAUACUGCGGCCGACAAACAGAGCCGAUAGAGGAGGACGAACGUCCUGAAGACACAAUGUCUCAGGACGAAGAAGAUGAGGACGAAGACGAGGAGGAUGAGACUCCCGACGGCAUGCACGUUGAUUGGCAAGCAAUCGACGAAAUGCACGGAGAGAAGCGAAAGUUGCCGAAGAAGGCAGGCGACAGCUUCCUCCAGUAUGUCGCACUGAAGAAGCGUACGCGCUUCAACCUCAUGCUUCCUGCCCGUCCUGUUGGAAAGAUUGACCAUCCCGGGUAUGCUCCUCUCGUGUCGGAUGAAGCGACCACAUCCAUUUCCCUCGCCAACAUUUAUAAAUGGAUCUUCGCACCGGGUGCGACGUUCAACUGGGACCGAACCAUGGUCGAUGUACCUGUAGAAGCAUCAAUGUCUGCAGAUACUGAGGCUAUUACCUCAGUCGCUGGCCCGGACACCGUCGACGAAAUGGAUACGACUCCAUGGGAACUCCCCGUAGAGGACAUGCCUGACCUUUUGGAGUUCACUCCCAGCCCGCCACCUAAGUCAAGGAAGCGCAAGUCCAUCGACGAAGGCUUGGAGAAGAUUGAAGCAGUCGACACUCGCGACAACAAGCGAUUGCGCAGGAGGAAAAAGCGCAAGUCCUUUUUUGGAGAUGCGAACGAGAGCGACCACGAGAGCAAUCCGCGGAAGCGUAAGUCCUGCGGCGAAGAAACGGAAGCAGUCGACACGCGAGACAACAAGCGUGUCAAAUUGACUCCAUAGAGCAAGGUCAGAGGCAAGGACAAGCGCUUUGUCCGGGGCAAGAUGUCGCUUCCUUCCCGCUGGCGCACGAGGAACGCAGCGCCCCAGCAAGAAGCUCUGUCCUGAGGGGUCAGACACUGCUCGGCUUCAGUAUCCUAGCAAAGCUACCAUCGCCAUUGAAACUUCGCUCAAUCAAACCAACACACGCCGCCAUCACUAGGCCAAGGAGGGAAACGUGAAGAAGGGCAAGGACACGAAGGAAAGGAAAAUGAAGAAGGAACGAUGAAGGGAGCUUGAGAAGGGAGGGAAUCGGCAAGGCACAAGGAAAGGAAGGACCUAUGCUUGCAAGAUUUGCAUUACUUAUACAUUACUUUUACUCUGCAACAGUUGUGGAGAAAUUACAAAGAACUUCGCAAGACUCGGUUGUGCAGACUUUUGUG